UCUGACCACUGUGUCCUCAUCUUCUCCUCGCGUUCUCCCGGAUCGAGAAGGUGCGGAAAUCACCGCCCCCGGCUCCCGAGUUCGGAUGAGAGAGAGUGGCCUUCCUGCAGAGAUGUAUCAGCUAAUCGUCUGCCUUUUCCAAUUUAGGGAAACCUUGUUCACUGUCUUCCCAGACAUGAUAUUUUCUGGUUAUUCCCCAAUGCACGGUUUUCUGUUAUUGUAAAAAGUUGGCAGGCUUCGUGGAGAAAAUUACAUUGAUAAGCAUUAGUCAGUGGUUUGCAACUCUUUUUGUGAGUAAAAAUGGAGUAUUUGAACGUAAAGGUGUUGGAUAAAGGCAAAAACUGUGAUCUCAAGAGAAAGAGAAAUUCUGAUGUUUGUUCCAUUGACAUUGGCCAUGGCUUACAUCAGCCUAUUGUAGGUCAAUCCUCUUUAAGGGCCUGCACGAGAACCAGAUGUAAAACCAACCUAUGUUGCUCUCCUGAGAACCAUAUUCUCAAGAAUUAUCGCAAUUUCACACAGAGUGGGUUACCCCAGCAGGUUCUGUUUUAUGAGAAUGGUGAAUGGAAUGAUUUUCCAGCAAACAUUGUCAGUUUGGUACAGGAAGAAUUUAAAUCAAAGAAAGCAAUUACAGAAGUAGGUUAUCGGAAUCAGCAAUGUUUGUUAGAUUUCAUUCACAUGGUUUGUGUAGUUCUGCAUACAGGUCUGAAGCCAUUAGCAUGGAUUGAUGAUCAUGGAAAAUGCUUCUUUCCAGAGUCAUCAAAUAGAUGCCAUCACUCUGACAAAAAAAUUCAGGCUUACAUGAGUUCUGAAUCAAAUGGGAUACAUGGAAACAACACUCAUUUUGAGAUUUCCAUCAAUGAAGCUGAAAGCUCAAGUUCAGUAGCUGAUGAUGAGAUUAUGUCUAAUAUCAAGAGGGUCAAGUGCGAAGAAAAUUUUGUCAGUCAUCAGAAUAUUUGGUCUCCAGGCAAUGAAGUAGUAGGAGAAAAUGAACCAGGUUCUAUUUUCCCUUUAGAUAUCCCUGCUUUUGGAACAUUUCAAGCAUCUGCAGGUGGUCAUCGUGUUAGUUUGGUGCAGGAUAUGUUACUCCAAGGGUUGGGAAAGUUUAUUGAUGCAAAGGAUAUUGUUGGAAUACUUAGGACUCCAUUGAGAAAUGAUUUAGGUUUAGAUCGGUUUGAUCAUUUUCAGAAGCAGGUUGAAGUCACUAAAAUGGCGCGUGGCAAUGCAAAUGUCCGCUAUGCAUGGCUUGCUUCUUCCAAGGAUGCAGUGGAGGAGAUGAUGUUACAUGGAAUUCUGAAGCGGUCUAUGCAGAAGUGUCUUUAUGGCAAUGGCAUUCAUCUCGCCCCUGCAAAUUGCUCCAACAUCUGUACCAGCUACUCUGAUGUUGAUGAAAGUUGCGUUAUCCACCUUAUGUUGUGCCGCAUUGUAAUGGGAAAUGUGGAACUUAUUCACCCUGGAUCUGAACAGUGUCAACCUAGUAAUGAAAACUUUGACACUGGUGUAGAUGAUCUUCAAAAGCCAAGGCAUUAUAUUAUAUGGGACAUGAAUUUGCUUACCCAUAUCUAUGCAGAAUACAUAGUGACUUUUAGGGUGACCUCCAAAGUUAAAGAAUGUUUGCUUGGGAAGGAAAGUAUAUAUAAUGUAUCUGCCCUCAAAAAUUCUAGUCCAUCUCACUGCUUAUUACAGGAUAAGACUUUUGAACCAUCUCCAGCCUUGGGCAAUCAUUCUCAAGUUCCUGUGUCAACAAGAACACCUCCAAGAAUUCCAAGUUCACCAUGGAUGCCCUUUUCAAUGUUAUUUGCAGCCAUUUCAACUAAAUUGCCUCAGGGGGACAUGGACCUGGUUCACACUCAUUAUGAUGACUUUAAGAAGAGAAAGAUAAGCCGAAUUGACUUGAUCAAGAAGUUAAGGCAGAUAAUCGGGGACAAAUUGUUGGUUUCUACUAUAAUGAGGCUGCAACAGAAGUUACCACCUAUGGCCAGACACGAGCCACCAAAGUCCUGGUCUCGUAACUUGCAAAACAUGUCUUGACAAGGUGGAAGCAUGGAGCUGUCUGUGUGUGGUCUCGCAAGUCUCACUCACAUUUGAAGUAAGUUUGCUGGUUUCAGCACUCACUCCUUACGGUAGGUUUACGAUCUAAGAAACUUGUUUCAAGCUGUGUACUCUUUGUAAUAAUAAUGCCUGUCUUUGUUGUAUCAUUUGGCUCGCUUGAUGUAAUUGUAAAGUGGGAGUCUUUUUUGGCCUAUCAAACAUAUGAUAUCUAUGU